UUCGAGCAGUUGCAGACAUUUUUCAAAAACAUCUGGCAUCUCUGCAACCUUGUCAACAUUAAAAAAUGUUGAUUUGAUAGACUUGAUCGCACGGAUAGCACAGAAUUAUCAAUUGAUAAAACAAAUUCUUAUAAUAUUAUGACGAUUAUGACAAAUUCUACGUUAUUCAUUAUUGUGCUAUUGAUUUUCUUAUAAAACAAUGGAGGCACAAGAUACUGAAUGCAGACUUUGCUUGGAUCCUGUUGCAGACAGUGCACAAACUAUCGAACACCCUCAAACGAAGCGACAAUUAGCGCAAGUUUUUCAAUUUCCGAUUUCUUGCAUUGAUAGGACAAACAUAAACAACAACGUGAAUAACUGCAUGUAAUUCACUUACAGAUUGACUUGCGGAUAGGAUAUCCUUCUGGCAUUUGUCGAAGGUGUAUGCAGAUCAUAGCGGAUUUUUAUGAUUACACGGAAAAAGUUCAAGAAACUCAAAAGAAGCUGAGCAACAGAAUUAGAAAUGUUCAAAAUAUUAUUCCCGAUCCGCAAUUUGUAGCAGUUAAAAAUGAACCAAUUGACCAGUGGGAAGCAUUGUCGGAAGGCAAUGUACUAAGCGAAGAAGAAUACGAAAGAAACAAAACUGUACUGCCUUAUGAUAUACAAACGAUAACAAGCGAGGAAGAUGCUGGAAGAUCACAUGAGCAAUUUUCUAGAACAAAACAUAAACAGUUGAAACGUAAAAAAGUCAAAGAUGCCUUGGGGCAAGAUGCUCUCAGGCAGGAAACCCUUCAAAUAGAAGAGUUUUUUUCAUUGGCAUGCGACAUGUGCGGUGAUCAUGCACCAAAUUUAUCAUCAUUGAAAGUUCAUUUCCGCAAGAACCAUCAUGAUUCGGCGUACAUUGUCUGUCACUGCGAGAAAAGAUUAUCUACACGUAGACGAUGUUUGCUUCACCACAUGGCUUGGCACAAGAAUCCUGAUGUUUUCCGCUGUGAGUUGUGUAGUAGGUGCUAUAAAACUAAAGAAUCUCUAACGGUUCAUCAGUCUAAAUCUCACGGAAUAGGAAAAGAAAAACUGUUCAAGUGCGAUCAAUGUACGCGAACAUUUGUGAAGCAGACCACUCUUGAAACUCAUAGAUUAACUCAUACAAAAGUGCAAUGUUCACAAUGCAGCGCAAUACUGGCUAACAAAGAGUGUCUUAAAGCGCACAUUGUAAAUAAACAUAGCGAGAAAGAUCGAAGAAUGAUUUGUGAUACUUGCGGUCAGGAGUUUUUGGAUAAAAUUUCGUUCGAGCGCCAUACGCUAAGGCACAUGGGCAUCGAAGUGCUGAAAAAAGUUCAGUGCCACAUCUGCCAACAGUGGAUCAAAGGGGAACGAGGACUACGGUUGCACAUGUUCAGCCUGCACUACGAAGGUGAACAAACAUGUGACAUUUGUCAACGCAAAUAUCCAAACAGCCGGACGCUUCGUAACCACAAACGAACUGUACAUAUCGAAGGAAAAUUUAAAUGCGAUUUCUGUGAGAAGAAAUUUAAGCAGCCAAUUAGCCUCAAGGAACACCGAGCCACACAUACAGGAGAGAUUUUAUACUCCUGUGAGUACUGCUGCAAGGGCACAAAUUCCAAAUCAAAUCUGUACGUUCACAUUAAAAAAGCUCAUCCUAUGGAAUGGGCAGAGAGACGGCAAAAAUGAGUUGAGGUGGGCCAGACGGCUCUUUUCCAAGAGCGGCUCUGAACCGCUCACUUAUCGUUGCGAACCGACUCAUGGUUCACAAAGACUAACGUGCAAGGUUGACUUCUGUUGCUUCGGUACCUAUACUUCGGUUUCGGGAGAACUCUCAGUUUUGAUGCGCUCAAAGAACCGUGGUUCAUUUUGGUGAGCCGUUCACUCGUUCGCUCUUUUCUGUAAACCGGUUCAUACGAAAGACUCGUGAGCAGUUCGUCGAUCCCUAUCAUAGCAUGCUCUUGAUAUGCUACGAUUCGACCUAUGUCAUGGAAUAAACUAUGCAGUUUGUUUUUGUAACUAUAAUAAUUACUGAUGAAACUUA